AUGGUGAUGACAUUGUGUGGAAAAGACCUUAUGUCUCUGAAACGUCAAGCCGGUAGACCGUUCUCAGAAAGCACUAUACUAAGGCUUGCUAUAAGCACGCUGUAUGCCAUAAAACAGAUACAUGAAAUCGGCUAUGUUCAUCGCGACGUCAAACCGGGGAACUGCAUGAUAGGAAAAUAUGGACGGGACUCAAGAAUGAUCUACCUGAUAGACUUCGGUAACUGUGCUGUUUAA